GAAUCAAGGACUUUCUGUGCUUUCAUUGAGAUAAAGUAAUGUUGUUUGACUAGGAAAUGGUAACCUAGAUGGCGGGGCUUGUUUCUGUAUUGCACCGAUAUAGAAGGCCGUGAAGGAUCAUGUCUUCUGCAUCGCAGAAGCAGUCAAGGACGUGGUUUCGUGCACUGACCUGCUCACGUAACCAAUUUGACACUGACACAGCAAUGGACAGUACUGAUGGAAGCUUCAUCGUUGAUGACGAUGCCAGUCUUAUCGUUCCAGGACUGGGUGUUGGUUGCUGGAGGCUGGGAUUAAGCCUACAUCAAGCUCUGUCUGUGCUGCAACGCCGUAUGACACCUGAUCAACGCGUUGGAAUAGAAUUGAUUGGUGCGGCAGAGUGCGAUGUGUGGCUGACAGUACCAGGUUACGUGAGGUUAGAGUUCAAUGGUGACACUCACCUAUUACAGCAGGUUACUAGCUACUGGCCAUGGUCACGUGGUGGUGUCUUCGUACAACUACAACCAAGACAGAUCAACAACGUGACGGCCUCCAGAACUGAGCUGGUGCUGCCGCGACCAUUCCGACUAUGUCGACAUGGUGAGCAGCUGAAAGUCCAGGAUGUGUUGGAUUUCAACUUUCCAGUGUGCAAGGAGAAGGUUGAUGCAACAGGCACGAUAGAUUCUUGUUCGCGCCACCGGUUGCGCUUCCAAGGCUUAUCGUUCCAAACCUCGGUGUCUGAACCGAGUUUGUGCUCGGCAGUGUCUGUGUUCAGUUUAGAUAGCGAUGAUAGGAGUGGCAGUGCUAUUGCUGGGGGUAGUACUAGUACUACUGCUACAUGUAGUGGUAGCUUAGACAGACUGUGUGGACGGAGAGGCAUGUGUCCGGUGAGUGUGUCCAGUAUUGUGGAGAACACGCCAUCACCGCGAUGCACUGGCGUGAAGAUUGAAACGCUGGCAUUCCGCCGUACAGCCACCACCGCCGGCGCCGGUGAGACUAGCAGCGGCCGGAGCAGGACGAGUGACGGGGACACCGGCAACAACACAGAGCGUCUGACAUGCCGGGGGUCUGGCGGCGGCGGCGGUGCUGGUGCUGCUAUGACUAACACUCACAUGGUGAUGUUUGGUGAGAGUGUGCAGUCGGUUGUAGGCAGUCUAGGCUAUCCAGAUGCUGUCUACUAUUGCUCUGCCAAUGGUGACGAGAUGCAUUCUUGGAGAGCCAAGCCAAGGAAAAAGGCGCCGGCGAUGUUCACACGACAGGCAUCCAAGAAACUAGGAACACCUCAGCAGGAGAAAACGACUUUGGUGUCGAGUGGCAACAGCAAAGCAGCAUCAGCUGGCAAUAAAAAAGCAGGCAAGACAGCCGCUGGUGCACUGAAUGCAGAUAAACUGAAGCAAGCUGGCACUGCUGAACAGCAGCAGCAAGGACAGCAGCAACAGGAGGGUACUAGCAGCAGUGCAUCAGACACCGAUCUCGUGUGCUACAAUUACUUUGACAUUGGCAUGGAUAUCGUGUUCACGCCGGACACCAGUACGGUUUGCAGGAUUGUGUUGCAUAGCAACUCGCCGUGUCAUCCGUCCUUUGGUCAGUACAGCCGAUGUCCGUUCCGAUUGACUGCAUCGUGUUGCUGCUCGCUGACGCAAUGCCAACAUCCAGCAGCCAAGCACUUGCACAGCCGGUCCUACAUUACCCCAUCCACACGCUGGCCCACACUCGUGGAGAAGAAUGCAUGCGGAUGUGCCAGACUGGUUGGCAAUGUGGAGUAUCGGAAUUUCAGCUGUAAUGCACACACUGCUACUGUACAGGGCAGUACCGGUGGCAGUGGCGAUGACUGUGGCAGCGGUCGCAAAGCUGAGUAUCUCUCGCACUGUGCAGUUCUGGACCAGUAUCUGUUUGAGGUCAUGGCGGCAUCCUGUCGCGAUGGACAUCGCCUGCAGUCCAUCACCAUACUGCAACACCCUAUUGAUACUGUUUGCCAUGGCAACUACCCGGGCCGCUCCAUUAAACAAGUCCACGAAGAGUUUGAAGCCAAGCAAGCAGCGUUGCUGAAGAAAGCUGCACGAGUGGCAGCCAAAGAAACGACGAAGUUUGAAGUUCCUGCGUCUGACAGUUCCUCUCAGCAGAACAGAGAAUCGAAACGUCACAAAUCAGCAGGAUCCAGUGCAACAACCAGUGCUGGCACGGCUAACAGGAAUGUCACCUCUCGUGCAACCAAACCUCCCUCAAUUUUAACCGUAGGCGGCGGCGGGCAGAAAAGCAACGAUGGUGACGCAUCAACCAGUGUUAGCACGUCACCUGUCACACCCACAGCGACGGCGGCCAUUGCUGACAAAACUGAGAAGAAGAGCAAGCAGAUGGCAGUGAUCACGCCACGUCAAACAGAGACCAGUAAACUCCGCAAGGACAAGUCUCAGAAAUUUCGACUCGGCAGUACAAGCGCCUCACCCAAUGCCAGUAGCAGCAGCUCAGAGCAGAAGGCAGCCUCGGCGAAGAAAACAAAGAAGACACCAUCACAGGCACGACUGUCUUCAUCAAGUCGCAGCACUAAAAGCAGCUCACAUGCUGAGAAGCCUACAAGCCUAGCAUUACCCUCACACACUGGAGGAACAGACACAACUGACGGAGUUAUGACAACAGUGGAUAACAAACCAUCACCUUCGGAGCAAAUGCUGUCAGCGUCACCUACUAGUACUGCUCCUACGAAGACGUCCAGUUAUGACUCCGACAAGACAGCCGUACAUGAAACAUCAACAGCACCCAACGCUGGUCACAACACUUUGCAAGAGUAUGCCAGCGCAUUCCGUCCACGCGCUGCUCUCGACAGGUCUCCUCCUCGGUCUCCCCAGCUAGCAGAGUCUCCGCACAGUGGAACGGGUGCACUUGCCAGAACUCUGUUCCCGGAGGUUUCUGAAGACGCGUCUCUAGCCAUUACCUCUGUGUCACAUGACCGCGGUGGACCACCAGACCACAGACCGUUCUCCAGUCGGCAGGAACAACGAACGGCAGAUCCUGAGCAGCACCAGGCGCAUGCACUGCAGGUAGCGGCACUAUCCACAACAAACUUGCACAUUGUCGACUCAGCUAAUCCUCUAGCAUUGUCCAUGCCUACGACACCACGCACACCCACUGCCGGCACUCCUUCUGGAGGAAACACUCCGUCGUCAAAUCGCCGUAGUUGGACACAGCCGUCAACGUGUGGCAUCAAAGACCAGUUGUCAGAGAGUCUGAAAGAGGAUGAUAUUCGCUUGGAGUCCAUUCUCCACGAUCACGACGACGUUGCCAACGCCUUGUCGUGUCGAGCACAGUUAUUGCGGACUUGCCAAUCGCAGUGGAGAAGUGGCGCACCACACAUUGCAAUACGUUCCAUUCUGGGCACAGCUGCCAGCACCGUCGGUCAUAGCACACGUACAUCAACACUGGACAGCACGUCGACGUGUGCAGAGUGUCUGGACUCUGCAGCAUUGGUCAACCUAGUGCAGGUCUGCAAUGAUGACAUGCCCCUCUUGCUGAGUGUUGAUAUGUCCGCUGACAUCCUACCAGUGAUUGCACAACUGUUGAGUCCACAGCAGCGGCUCAGCUGGACGGAGGUUCUAUGUCGUUACGUGUCAAUGAUGGUGGAGUAUGUACAGGGAGAGAUCAAGCGAGACUCAGCGUUGACUCGGCGAGAGGCUACUAUGGAUCGCACAGUCGUUGGUCUGCGGCGUAACUUGGUCUCUCUGCAUGCUAGUCUAGAUGAAGCACUCAACUCUAGUGCAUCACCACUAUCUCCACUGGACUCUCUGCCUAUUGCACCGGCAUGGAGGCGCACGCUGGAAGAGGCUGAUAGCAGUGAGCGAUGCAAGUGCACUGAGCUCCUGCAUCAGACGCUGCAGCACGUCAGCUUGUUGCUGUAGCUGCUGCUGCUGCUACCACUGAGGCUGUAUUCCUCUCUCGCUCGCACAUAGUCUGCUACUCUGCUACUCUGCUACUUCAAAUACUUGAUUGAUUUGAGUUGCUAGUGUUGAUUCUUCUCACAUAGGGUUCCCUAGGCUCUCCCCGUCUGCAGUCGGUUGAUAUGCAAAACUUUUAGGUUAGAAAAAGUGUUUGAGAUAUACCACACGUUUUUAUUACUCUCGUUUGAUAAAAUAUAUAGCAGUAUUAUGACAUACUCCACAAAACACGACUUCAUGCCGGUCAUGAAAGCAUACUUGUCACCUUAAGACUCUUUCACAUCUUGCAUACAACAUGCAUGUACAACAAACACAAGUACACGCUAGCUCUUUUCACCCAUCAAAAACCUGCGAUUGCUUUCUCUCUUCUUCUUUCUUUUUUAAAAUCCUUUUUACAUCUUGUGUUGGCAGUGCUGGUACAUGUUUGACGUGUAACCCAAUGUUUAGCAAGUUUUAGGCAGGGGGGGAGUACCCCGCUACCCUCUGGUUAGGGUGCUGUAAAGCGUGCUGUUUUUGUUUUAAUUUUGUUUUUACUUUAGCAUGGUUUAUAACUUGAUAUCUGUCUCCUAGCCCCUAUACGACGAUAAUACUUUAUAGCUAGACUUUAUAGCUAUGAUGAAGAGUCAAUGCACUCUUGCUGUGAUCCAAUGAUUGCUAGCUAUGCAUUUUAGCUGCGCCACGAUUUAACAAGUUAUUGGAAACCUUG